AUGAAAGAGGUUGCAGAUGGAUGCUUCCAGCAGCUUUACGGCGAGAUCGUGCGCUCUAUGCUGGAGUAUCAGCCAUCACAGACAAAGGAUACGAAUGCGACACCAACUGUAGAAGAAGAGGCAGCACAUCGUGAAGCUUUUAUUAUCAAGCUUGAGGCCAUGGGGUACGAUGUUGGCUCUCGCUUUGCGGAACGAAUUGCUAGAGAUCGACCACGUAUGGUUGAGUCGUUGGAUGUGAUUAAAUUCGUGUGUAAAGAUUUUUGGAUUGCUAUCUUUAAGAAACAAAUUGACAAGCUCCAGACAAAUCAUCGUGGAGUCUUUGUCGUCCAGGAUUUCCAUUUUCGAUGGCUAGCAGGAAUUUCGGCAGCAACAGAUGAAGAGACAAGAGAGAAAGCACUUGUAUUUCUAGUCUUUCCUUGUGGAAUAAUUCGAGGAGCACUCGCUAAUCUCGGACUUACUGCCAUUGUCAAUGCUGAUAUACCCGAUGUCCAUGCUCUUCCUGGAUGUUUAUUUAACAUUAAGCUCAAGCAGGGAUGA